CACAAUAAUCUCCAGAUACUGUAGCUGCACUCGCACAUUCAGUAGCAACUUUCUUUUACUCCGCCCUUUGAUCUUAUAUUUAUUUCUCCAAUCUGGGCAGGAAAAGGAGGCUCAGAAACGGCUUGUGUUUGCCGCCCCGACCGCCCCCCCUUGAUGCUCGAAGCUUGAGCUUCACCCAUCCCGCCUUUUGACCAUGGCGGCCUCCCCAAAUAUGCUCACCAAGUUCGAAUCGAAGUCGUCUAGGGCGAAGGGCAUUGCAUUCCAUCCCAAACGGCCAUGGAUUCUUGUUUCUCUGCACUCUUCGACAAUUCAGCUAUGGGAUUAUCGUAUGGGCACAUUAAUAGACCGCUUCGAAGAGCAUGAUGGGCCAGUUCGUGGCAUCGACUUCCACCCGACCCAACCCCUCUUCGUCUCAGGUGGGGACGACUAUAAAAUCAAAGUCUGGUCGUUACAAACAAGGCGCUGCCUAUUCACCCUCAAUGGACACUUGGAUUAUGUCCGCACAGUCUUCUUCCAUCAUGAGCUGCCCUGGAUUAUCUCGGCAUCUGAUGAUCAGACAAUUCGUAUCUGGAAUUGGCAGAACAGGUCGUUAAUAUGCACAAUGACUGGCCACAACCAUUACGCAAUGUGCGCUCAGUUCCAUCCCAAGGACGACCUUGUAGUUUCUGCCUCUCUCGAUCAGUCGGUUCGAGUGUGGGACAUCUCGGGUCUCCGCAAGAAGCACUCUGCCCCAACAUCGAAUGUGUACGAAGACCAGAUGGCCCGCCAAAAUGCCAACCAGGCAGAUAUGUUCGGAAACACAGACGCUGUCGUCAAAUUUGUGCUAGAGGGACACGAUAGGGGUGUCAACUGGGUCGCGUUCCAUCCUACGCUGCCAUUGAUUGUUUCGGCUGGUGACGAUAGACUGGUCAAGCUUUGGCGCAUGAGCGAGACCAAGGCUUGGGAGGUCGACACAUGCCGCGGGCAUUUCCAGAACGCGUCUGGCUGCCUCUUCCACCCGCACCAGGACCUCAUCCUUUCUGUUGGCGAAGAUAAAACGAUUAGAGUAUGGGAUCUGAACAAGAGGACGUCAGUCCAGUCGUUCAGGCGCGAAAAUGAUAGAUUUUGGGUUAUUGCGGCGCAUCCGGAGAUAAACUUGUUUGCGGCUGGCCACGAUAAUGGAGUUAUGGUUUUCAAGCUGGAGCGCGAGCGCCCUGCCUCUGCAGUCUAUCAAAACAACCUUUUCUUCAUCACCAAGGACAAGCAGAUCCGUUCUUACGACCUUACGAAAAAUAUCGAGAGCCCCAACUUGGAGACAAUCAAGAAGCUUGGCAGCCCGUGGAUUCCUCCUCGUACAUUAUCUUACAACCCGGCUGAGCGAUCUGUCCUUGUGGCAUCGCCUGCUGAGGGGGGGACCUAUGAGCUGAUUGUUCUUCCAAGGGAUGGUGGCAUCCCUGAUGAGAAGCUCAAGAAGCGUGGUCCUGGUAACUCUGCCGUCUUUGUGGCUCGCAACCGUUUCGCCGUGUUCAACCAGGCAGCACAGCAGAUCGAUAUCAAGGAUCUUUCCAACUCCACAACUAAGACGAUCAAGCCCCCCGCAGGUACUUCGGAUAUCGUUUUCGGCGGAACUGGCAACCUAUUACUGAUUACGCCAACGGCUGUGCACUUAUACGACAUUCAGCAGAAGAAGAAUGUGGCAGAGCUCGCAAUUAGCGGCGUCAAGUACGUUGUCUGGUCCAACGAUGGAGCGUAUGCUGCUCUGUUGAGCAAGCACAACGUUACUAUUGUUACAAAGACAUUGGAACAAGUCAGCACACUCCACGAGACAAUCAGGAUUAAGAGCGCCACUUGGGACGAUGCCGGCGUGCUGCUAUAUUCUACACUCAACCACAUCAAGUAUACCCUGCUGAAUGGCGACAACGGCAUUGUGAGGACUUUGGAUCAAACAGUGUACCUUGUUCGCGUCAAGGCACGCACUGUAUACUGCUUGGAUAGAAACGGGAGGCCCAAGGUUCUCAACAUCGAUCCCACCGAAUACAGAUUCAAGCUGGCCCUUGUUAAGCGCAACUACGAGGAGAUGUUGCAAAUUAUUAAGAACUCCAGUCUUGUUGGUCAAAGCAUCAUCUCGUAUCUGCAAAAGAAGGGUUACCCGGAAAUUGCGCUUCAGUUCGUUCAAGAUCCUCAGACACGUUUCGAGCUGGCUAUCGAAUGUGGCAAUCUCGACGUUGCUGUUGAGAUGGCAAAGCAGCUUGAUAAGCCUAAGCUCUGGACGCGACUAGGCACCGAAGCUCUUGCCCAUGGAAACCAUCAAAUUGUCGAGAUGACAUACCAGAAACUUCGCCAGUUUGAUAAGCUUUCCUUCCUUUACCUUGCUACAGGUGACGACGCGAAGCUUGCACGUAUGGCAAAGAUUGCUGAGCACCGUGGCGACUUCACCGCCCGCUUCCAGAACGCUUUGUACCUCGGCGAUGUCAACGACAGGAUCCAGAUCUUCAAGGAGAUUGACCUAUACCCGCUAGCAUACAUGACCGCUAAGGCUCAUGACCUGACCGAAGAAUGUGAGAGCAUCCUCGAGGCAACUGGAUUGACCGAAGACCAAAUCACGCUCCCCGCAAUUGGCGUCCCGCUCUCUACCCCCAGAGCGGUGGUGUCUACUUACAAGGCCAACUGGCCAACCAAGGCCACGUCGCAAUCAUUCUUUGAGAAGGCACUUCUCGGCCAAGUUGAGGGUCUCUCAUUAGAGGAUGAGCCUGCUGCUGCAACUAACGGCUUCGGAUUUGAAGAUGAAGAUGAAGGUGUCGCGAAACAGAACGGCAACCUGAUCGACGCUGAUGAAGAAGAUGAUGCUGCUGGCUGGGAUAUGGGCGAUGAUAUCGUUCCAGAGGCCGAGAGCGAUUUCGUCAACAUCGAAAGCGCAGACAUCGGCGUCGGGAGCAGCGAGGCCGAAUUAUGGGCCCGCAACUCUCCGCUUGCUGCGGACCACGUCGCUGGCGGUUCAUUCGAAAGUGCUAUGCAGCUCCUCAACAGACAAGUUGGCGCGGUGAACUUCGCACCUCUAAAGCCCCGCUUCAUGUCGAUCUUUGAGGCUUCGAGAACAUACGUCCCCGCAUUCCCAGGCCAGCCACCGCUUGUCAACUACGUCAGGAGAACUUUGGAUGAGACAAAUCCCCAGAGCGUUCUGCCAUUCAUUCCAGAUGACCUGGAGUCUAUCGCGGCCAACUUCCUGCAAAAGGGAUACGAUUCUGUCCGCACCAACAAGCUCGAGGAUGGGGCUGUUAUCUUCAAGCAGAUGCUUCACGCGCUGCUUGUCAACGUGGUGCCUACUCCAUCUGAGGUUAACGAGGCCAAGAAGCUCAUCACUUCGGCGUCCGAGUACAGCGUUGCGAUUGCUAUCGAGCUGAGCCGCCGCAACCUCGGCACCAACGACGAGGUUGCCAAGUCGCCAGAGAAGUUAAAGAAGAGCCUCGAGCUUUCCGCAUACUUCACCAUCCCCAAGCUCGAAGUUCCACACAGACAGCUUGCGCUGAUGAGCGCGAUGAAGCUGGCAUACACCAACAAGAACUUGAGUUCCGCAUUAAGCUUUGCCAACCGUAUACUAGCCAACGGCGGUGGAGCAAAGGUCUUGGAACAGGCCAAGAAGAUCAAAGCCUCAUGCGAGCGCAGCCCCAACGACGCGCAUGAAAUCGAGUUCGACCAGUUCGCCGAGUUCGAUAUCUGCGCCGCCUCCCACACACCCAUCUACAGCGGCAGCGCCUUCGAGACCUGCGCCUUCGACGGCAGCAAGUACCAGUCCAAGUACAAGGGCACGGUGUGCGCGGUGUGCGAGGUGUGCGAGGUGGGGAAGAAUGGGAGCGGGCUGAAGCUUAUCGCGUAAAUGUGUUGUUUUGUGAUGACUUCCGGCGCGCGCGUAAAUAGGCAAAAGCUCCGAAGGGGAGGGGGAGAGGGGAUGAGAGAGGACUCGGAGUUCGGGUAAAAGUAGAUAGCUGAAACUUUUGUGGAGGUACUACUAGCAUUAGUUGUUGUCUUUUGAGAUUUUAAUGUUUGAUGAAAUAUCUAGAGCUCGUUCUGUUUUCUCUGGGGGGGUGAUUUGAAGCGGUGCUGCUGCGAGAUAUGGCUCUUGGGCAUUUAUGAGCCAGCUUCUACAACGAUCACGAUUACAGAUAUAGUCAUCUCUAACCUAACUAUAGUCGUCGUCAACAAAAUCAUCCCAGAUAUGAAGUCCCCUCAAACGGACCCUCCCGCACUGUACCUGUCCGCCUGUCCUGACGGGAGGGAGCGUACCUGUCGCCAAACCCAAGGGGACCCAGCCAGGUCCCACCCAAAUCCCGUUAGCACCCC